AUGCUGAGCCUGAAUAUAUCACGUGCCUAUCACCAUGGUUUCAUUCUGACGGGUAUUCCAGGAAUGCCUGACAAGAACACGUGGACGUGCUUGGCCUUUUCCCUGGGAUUUCUCUACUCACUGACUCUCCUGGGAAAUGGAACCAUCCUAGCAGUUGUCAAGGUGGAUCAGAGUCUCCAUGAGCCUAUGUACUACUUCCUCUGUAUCUUGGCUCUGACAGAUGUUAGUCUCUCCAUGUCCACCUUGCCCUCCAUGCUCAGCGUCUUCUGGUUCAAUGUUCCUAACAUUGCUUUUGAUGCAUGUGUUACACAGAUGUUCUUCAUCCAUGUAUUUGGCUUAGUAGAUUCUGGAGUCCUGGUGUCCAUGGCCUUUGACAGAUUUGUGUCUAUCCAAGACCCACUGCAUUAUACUUCCAUCUUUACCCACCACAUUAUUGGAAGGAUUGGAAUCUCUGUCCUCACCCGGGCUGUCUGUGUGGUUUUCCCUGUGCCCAUCCUUAUAAAGCGGUUGCCCUUCUGUCAUGCCAAUGUCUUAUCACAUUCGUUGUAUUGUCUUCACCAAGAUAUGAUGCAGCUAGCCUGUGCCAGCACCCGUGUCAACAGCCUCUAUGGCCUCAUCGUGGUCAUCCUGACUUUGGGGAUAGAUGCCUUCCUUAUUCUCUUUUCUUACAUGCUCAUCUUGAAGACAGUGCUGGGUAUUGCCUCCAGAGCAGAGAGGCUCAAAGCCCUCAACACUUGCCUCUCUCACAUCUGUGCUGUGCUCCUCUUCUACAUUCCUUUCAUUGGUGCCACCAUGAUCCACAGGUUUGGCAAACAUCUAUCACCAGUAAUACACAUGCUCAUGGCCAAUAUCUACCUGCUCCUUCCCCCUGUGCUAAACCCGAUUGUCUAUAGCAUGAAAAAUAAGCAGAUACGAAGACGGAUCUUCCAAGUGUUCCAGGGGAGGAAGAACAGGGCCUGGUGA